CAAGCCCCCUCCGCAUUCUUCGACCAUCUGCAACCUGCUCGAUCUAUAGGACUCGUCUAGCUCCCCCAUCGUCCAUUCGACACAGAUCGAACCACACCUACUCUGCCCCCACCUUCAAGUUCAGGAUGGCAUCCUCGAAGGAGGUCUCUGCUGAUCGCUCGCGCGUCUGCGUCUUCGGCGCCGGAAACUUUGGAAGCUGCUUGGCUGAUCACCUCGGCGACUCGAACCACGAAGUCUUCAUGUGGGCUCGCGAGAAGGAAGUCAUCGAGACCUUCAACGCGUCCCAUCGUAACCCCGUCUACCUCACCGAUCAUGCAUUCUCCGAGAACAUCACCGCCAUUGGCCCUGACUUCCCUGACGAGGCGUUCAUCGAGUCUAUGGAUGUGCUCAUCUUCGCGAUCCCCACGCAAUUCCUGAGGCAGAGCCUAGCCACCCUUCAUCCGCGCUUCAACGAGAAGCAUCAUCCUUUGCUUGUUUUCGUCAACAAGGGUAUCGAAAUUGGCACGAAUGCAUUGACUUUGGAAAUCAUUACGGAUACCUGCGGUCCCGCAUUAGCCAAGGCCGCGACCUUCAUCUCCGGACCCUCCUUCGCGAAAGAAAUCAUUCAACGCCAGCCGACCUCGGUCUCUGUCGCGUCCCUUACCGAGAGUGAAGCAGAGAAGACCAGUACACUAUUCCAUCAACCUCACUUCCGUUGCUACACUGGCUCCGAUCCCAUAGGCCUCGAGCUGUCAGGUGCACUCAAGAACGUCUAUGCCAUCGCCGCUGGAAUGUCGGACGGUUUGGGAUACAAGAACAACACUCGGGCUAUGAUUAUCACUCGUGGUCUGGCGGAGAUGGCCCGGAUUGGGACGGCAUAUGGCGCUUCGCCCUUGACUUUCCUUGGCCUAGCCGGUGUUGGAGAUUUAUUCCUCACCUGCAGCUCUUCCAACAGCCGGAACUAUACCGUUGGAUAUCGCUUAGGCCAGGGGGAGUCGCUGGAUGAAAUCGUCAAGACCCUGGGAAGUGUGGCCGAAGGUGUUUCGACGGCAAAGGGUGCGAAGGCGAUCGUCGACCAGAUGAAGGUUUCGGCGCCCAUCGCGGAAAGCAUCUACGAAGUGCUCUAUAAUGGCUUGGGAGUGAAAGAUGCAAUCCGGUACUUGAUGGAGCUGCCGCCCUCAAAGGAGCUGGACCUUCCGAAGGCCCCACACGGGCCUGCGAGUCGCCUGCUGCAGAAGCUAGGGUUGGACGAGUGAAUAGGGCGUAUGAGCUUGGUAUUAUCGAUGGCCCCGAUAGGUGCGGGUUGCGGCGGGCCUGCGUUCCGCGCGCUCGGCUGAGUCAAAGAGUGGACGCCCUAGCUUUUCGGGGGUCCGACGUAACCAAUGAUGUGUCAGGGAUUGCGGGCGAAGUAGGGGUAUAGCUAGCGACUGCAAAGACGAGAAUUUCUGGACAA